UUUCGAGGUUAUGGUGAAUACAACUCUCGUCAGCGUCAGGCGUAAAACGUAAACAAUUAACAUGUUUUUAUGAAAAAAAAAACACGUGAUUUUUAAAUAAAUACAAUGGUUGUGUGUAAGUAUUUUCAACAAGGAAGCUGCCGCUUCGGGCAGUAUUGCAGAUAUGAGCACGCGAACGCCUAUGCACAAAACGUGAAUAGGAAUAGGAGUUUCGACGGAAAGAACAUAGCCUUAGUCGUCGCCGAAGAUGUUCUGGCUUCAGAAAGAGGUGGACAAUGGCUCUUCUCGUGUUUUGGACCCUUCAAGGAGCAACCGAGCAUUCCCGGAAUGGAAGAUCUCUCCCCGGAGGAAGUUCGAUGGGAAAUGUAUCAAGCAGAGAAAAAAGGCACCGCUGAUCAAGUUAAACUGCAGUUUCAGCAGCUUUGCCAAGAAAUAAAGGCUAAACGAGAAAGGUUAAAAAAUCCGACGUCGGAAAUUGUUACAAUGCUGGAAAAUCUUCAAAAACCUGGACAAGAAACAGCCUUUGGUACCUCUGCAACACCAAAGCCAUCCAAUUUUUCCUUCGCACCCCCGCAACUAGGUGCCACGACUACCUCGGCUACUUCCAGCGUCUUCGGGGGUAACUCGUUCGGUACUACGGGAAAUCCAUUCGGAGGGAGCUUCAAUUCCACCGGAGGAAAUGGUAUCUUCGGAGCUGCACCCACCACCAAUACUGGAUCCAUGUUUGGCUCAAAACCAUCAUUCGGAAGCAACCCGGUCUUUGGAUCUGCUCCCAGUACUACUUCCUUAUUCGGUGGUGCGACCAAACCACCACCUCCAGCAUUCGGGGCACAAACGACCCAGAAUUUUGGAACAUCUCAAACUCCUUCGGUCUUCGGGGGAGGUGUGACAGCACAACCGGUUUUCGGACAAUCCGCUGCCUUUGGAACCACUCAGAAUAACUCCUUUUUGAGAUCAGAAACAACACAGGCGUCUUCCGUGUUUGGAAGCAACGCAGCCAGCACCUUCGGAAGUUCAGCGCCUCCAUCUUUCGGGAGCCCCGGUGUCUUCGGAAACUCAGGAGGCACAUCUGUAUUCGGGUCCACGACAACUCCCGCAGAAAAUAGUUCAGUAUUUGGCCAACCUAAAACAACAACAGCUUUUGGAGCCGCUCCGGUUUUCGGAGGAACGAGUACGUUUGGCGGAACUCAACCUGCAUCUGUCUUUGGUGGGCAAACUGGUUUUGGAAGCGCUCCGGUGACAACGAGCAGCAUAUUUGGAGGCUCCACUACAAGCACAACAAUGUUUGGAUCUGCGCCAAGCGUCACCGGUUUCGGGACUUCGACAACGCCAGCGAUGGGUAUUUUUGGUGGAAGGACUCAGGCAGCUUUUGGACAACCACCAGCUGCUAGUUCACCUUUUGGACAAACUGCAACUGCUGUUAGUUCUCCGUUCGGGCAAACUACAACCCCUGCUAGUGCACCUUUUGGACAAACAACAACUGCUGCGACAACACCUUUCGGACAACCGACAACCGCUGCUGGAACACCUUUUGGGCAAACGACAAUUGCUGCGGCACCCUUUGCCACAACGAGUGGACCAUUUGGAGCAGCUACGAGCGCUCCUUUCUCUCAGUCCACGCCAUUUGGGCAAACUGUCACCGGAACCGAUAGUUCCACAGCUUUCGGAAACAUCACUCCCUCAACAACUCAUCUUGCUUCCGGAUUUGGAGUCCAGACUACAGCGCCACCACCUUUCGGGGCUCAGAUUAAUUUCGGAAGCGUCAUCACCUCACCUUUUGCAACGGGGACGACAACCGUCACGGCGACCCCCACGAAUCCCUUUAUGGCUACGCCUCAAACAGCUAGUUCACCUUUUGCGACAACAGGACAGACCCAAAAUACAUUCGCUGGCGCCCACUCUGGUCCUUUUGGAAAGCCGGCUUUUGGUGGAUUUUCCGCGACUGUGGUUGUUGACGAGUCUAUUUACACUGCCGAGGGACUUUUAACUGAUGACGAGAAGAGUUGGUACCUGCAGGAGAGAUUUUCCCUGGGAAAAAUUCCGCUUAAAGCUCCAACGAAAGAGCUGAGAUAAUGGCGGUGAUUGUUUUAAAAUAGAAGUAGUACUGACUUAGUGAAGUUUGCAUAGAUAGAGAAUUAUUAUAGAGAAUAAUGUGUUUAAAUGGAUUGGAUUUGUAAUCGGCGGAAGGAGUGACCGAAAAUGUUGGUUUUGGUAGGGAAAGUGGCGGUGAAAACUUGUGCAGAAACGUAGCAAGCCCAAGGAGGUUUAUCAUGCGAACCAUCUUUGCCACUCGGAAAAAUAUAUUUUUUGUAUUUUCGAUCACCAAUGUUCACAUCCUUAUUCUCAGGUAUGUCAGACCUGGAAAAAAAGUCGAAAAAUAUUAGAAAAUCAUAUAUAAAUUGCUAUUCAUUAAAGCAUAUGUUAAUAAAUAAUCCAUAAAGUAUAGCAAGAUUUAA